AUGGAUAAAAUUCAAAACAUUGUCAAUGAAAUGCAAAAAAUAGAUAGUGCUCGUAUUCUUACUAAAAUACAAACUACAGAACAAUUAUUACCUUCAAUUAAACAAAUUAUUAUUGAAAAACAAAAAAUGCUUAAUGAAUUAAAACAAAAUCAAAUGAAUUUAAAUUCACUUGUAGAACAAUUAAAUAUUCAAAACUCUUCUACUCAAAUAAAAGAAUCAAAACAUCGUUCUAUUGCUUUAGAUUUAGAAGAAAUUUUAUUAAUUAAUAAUCAUCCAUUACUUCUUGCUUAUCUUCAAUCAAUUCCUGUAGACAUAUUUUGUCAAACAACAUUUAAGACAGAAGUCUUAUUAUCCUUAUUAACAUUUCUUGUAUCUAAUUUAUCUACUGAAUUAAUAGAAAUUAAACUCUCUUUCAUUCUUUUAACAUUAAAGAAUCUUAAUAUUAAAAAAGUUCCAAAAACAUAUUUGUCUCUUUUUAAAGAUAUUCAACAAACUUUCUUAUCAUUUAAAGAAAUGUUAUAUUACGAAAAUUGUUAUAAAGCAAUUAUGUGGAUUCUUUAUUUGUGUGAAGAUAUGAUUGAAGCCUUACAAAAUUAA